UUCAUUUUGAUACAAGUAAAUAAAAAUUGUUAUUGCAAAAUCAACUCCAAUCCACGACAAAAUGCGUUGUGCUGUUAGAAAUUGUGGAAAUAACAAUGAAAAAGAAAACAAAAGGAAGUGGCGCUACUUUCGCUUUCCGAAAUAUAAUCCCCAGCUUGUAAAAUGGAUCGAGUUUUGCGACCGGGAUGCAUUGAACCCCUUGACAGCCUGCAUUUGCAACGUGCACUUCAAGUCGGAAGAUUUCGAAAGGAAUAUGCAAUACGAGUUUGGAUUCAGUCAAAAGAAUCCAACAAUACUAAAGACUGGCUCAUGUCCCACACUCAAGCGCCCCGAAACGUUGACAAAGUCGCCCAUGAAAAAGAGGCGCUGCGUAAAAAGAAAGGAAAUCAGCAAUGUGCAGCAAGAAGUGGAAGUGGAGCUGUGCGACUUUACCACUGACUUGGAAGACCUGGAUGAGAGCUCGACCAGCGUGAUACAAGCUAAUGAAACGGACUGUGCGGAAGACCAAAUACAUUACCAGCUAGAAUUUGUGGAAGCCAACGCAAACUCCAUGGACGAGGUGGAGAUAAUUGAUACAGAAGAUGCCACUUAUGUACGACAUUUGGAGCAUGAAGUGACCUCCCUGCGGCGUGAAGUUUUCAAUCUCAAAGAUGAACGCAAGAAGCUACUCGAUGUAAUUCAAAACCUUAAGGAAACAAUUCGUGGAAAUUCUCUGCUGCGGAAAGAAUCAGCGGAUUAAACAGAGAUUAAACGUAAAGCAGCACGCUCGACUGAUUAGAUGUAAAACCCAAAUUUAAGAAACUCAAAUAACUACAUUUAGUUUAAUCAGUGCAUUAAAAGUUACUAUUAUGUAUUAAUGUUUAAAAAGAAGGCCUCCUCAUAGGUUGCCAGGCUUUCAAUUUAAUUUUAAACUAGGAAAUAACUAUAAGAUACUAUUUUAAGGGACAGUAAACAAAUAUUAAAGACACAAACAACAUUAGAUCCGGUUCGCUGGAAAUUCUUUAUCUGAAGCCCUAACCUACCUACUUACGCGCAUAUUUUCCUUGCUAUCAGCAUAGGUGUUUUCCCUGAAAAUUUCCAGCUCUGCCCGCGGCUAUCUUUUCCAUGGAAUUCCACGUUGUAGCAAUGGCAAUUUCUCCAAGGUCAAAGUCAUUAGAAAGGCAAUAUCCUUUUUAAUAUUUAUCGCUACCUGCGGAUGUACGAGUGCUGAGGUAUAAAAGCGAAUGUGCUGCCUCUAGUCGACCUGCACUGCAAGCGUUGAGUUCUAACCGUCAACAUCCAUCCCGGACUGAACCGACGCGAUGGCAGCUACUGGCAACAGCUACUACCCACGCCGAAACUCUGCAGAGCCUGAUGUGCAGCUGACGAGGACUAGGACCAACCCAGCCAACAUGGAAUCAACAACUCCAGAACUUCAAACCACGCUUGGCGCUUGCAGUGUCAGCCAACUAGCAAAAAUUAAAUAAUUGUAAAUUAUA